AAUGAGUAUCAAUGAAUAGUUGUUGCAGAUGGUGACAGACGUAAGUGUUUAGAAGGUUAUGUAGAUUUGCAGCGCACUUCGACAAGAACCAGUAAUAGCUAAGGAGUAGAGUACAUAGGAAAUUCUUAAUACACUCAAACUUCACAUCUACAUACUGCUCGAAUUAGUAUCUCAAAACAAAAGCCUCGAAUAUGAUGAAUUGGAGAAGGCUGUCUAAAAGGCAGAAGCAGAAAUUCGUUCUCAUGUUAGGGUAUCAAAGUUGGCAUAAUUGUAGUUAGAGUAGUAGAUGAAACUUUAUGCUGAUAAUCUCCAAGAGAAGAUUGAAUAGCUCGAAUUGGAGAAAUAAUAAAUAGAAGUACAAUGAUUGUAAUAUUCUUUAAAGUAAGAUCGCAAAGCAACAACUCUACAAUUAAAUUUCUUAUCUUCCAAAGAAAUGGAGAAGAAACCCUCCAAUUCCUCUUAAUAACGAGAAGGAAGUCCUAACAUCAUUAAGAAAUCUUAUAUUAUGGGCAAUCAGAUCUAUCAUCGUCAACAUUAAUCAAAUUUAAUCACCUAUUAAGAUCAACAAAUACCCAACAAAAAUACAUCGUAAGAACCCAUCAAUCGUGAACGCAGAAGUGCCAACACUCAACAUAUAAGUUAUAUUCCAGGCAAAGGACUUCCACUCAAGAACAAUGUCUCUCAUCAAAAUAACACUAUCCACAAUCCACCUUCAAAUAGGAAGGAUGACAGAAACAAAUCACAAUAAUCACAAGAGAGAGGCAUUGAUAAAAGCCAAUCAUUAUUAAAAUCUUAGAACAGCUACUCCUAUAUUAAAAUGUACAAUAUCCAAAAAUUGAUUAUUAAUAAAAAUUAAAAUGAUAAUACCAAACAGGCUACCUAAUUAACUUAGUAAACCAAAAGGUACUUUUUUAUCAAUAUCCUUUUAGCAAAACCAUUCAUGGAGUGUGUAACAACAUUUUAGAUGAAUCUCAUUAUAAAAAGAAAUGA